CCCUAAACUUCACUCUUUUCCCUAAACAAAUAAUGAAUGAAGAUGAGAAAAAGAGAAAGAAAAAAAUGGUACCUUUAAUACUAUAUACUUAUAGUAGUGUCUUUUUCACUUACCUAAUCCCUUUUACUCUGAUCUAUUUUUUUGCUCUUUAAGAACUUAGCUUUUGCUACAUUAAAGUUUGGGUUUUUUUUUUUUUUUUUUUUUACCUUUAAAGUUGUGUCCUUUUCAUCUUUUUGUUUACAUGACAUUCCAUUACAGUGCCAUUCUAUAGUAUCAUUCUUGAAAGUGGUUAGUCAAAAUUGUGUUUAAAAUGGGAGUUUUUUUGUGUGCUCCAUUAGUAUGAGCAAAUUGUGUGUAUGGGGUCUUUUCAUUUGGCUAAAUAAAACCCCUUUUGACUUGCUUCUGUCAUAGGGAAAUGUAGGGUUGCAUUUUUUGGUUCUUGGUGAGUGAAUUUAAUGGGGGCAAUUUGCACUUUGGACAUUAUUGGUGUAGCUUUUGUACUUCAAUGAUUCUAGUGGUUGGUCUUGCAGCUUGUUCUUUUUAUCUAAGUGUAUACUCUCUUAUUUCACUUACAUAAUGUGUAGUGAUAGUUGCAGUAGUGUUAAGGAUUUGCUAAUUGAUUUUGUGGAAUUCUUGAAAUGAUUAUACAAUCAUAGUAUCUCAGCUUUCUCACCUCCUGUCUAAGUCUUUCUACUUGGUGGGGUUUGUGUACUUUCUUGGCUCAUUCUGACUUCUUAGCUUGUCACAAUUCUAUUUUUAUCUGUUUUAGUUCGGCAUUAUAUGCAACUGUCUAAUACUCUCACACUGGUUUUUCAUUGGGAGGAAAAUAAGAGGAGGAAAUGCAAUCUGCCAUUUGUUUGGUGCUGCUUUUUUUAGUUGAGUUAGUUAAAGGAAGCUUAGAUUUGGAUGCUCUUUUGGAGCUUAAGAAAGGAGUUUUGAAAGACCCUUCUGGGAAAGUCCUUUCUUCAUGGGAUUCUAAGUCAUUAGGACCAAAUGGCUGCCCCGAAAACUGGUACGGUAUCGGUUGCAUUGAUGGCCAUGUAACUUCAAUCGAGCUAAACGAUGUAGGUUUAGUUGGAAGUUUGGAUUUUGCAGCUAUUAGUGACCUAAAAAUGCUGCAGAAUUUAUCGGUUGCAAAUAACCGGUUAAGUGGGAAAAUUACUGGUUUUGCUAGUCUUGAGAAAUUGAAGUAUCUGGAUUUGCAUUCUAAUGCUUUCUCAAGUGAUAUUAUGCUUCUGUUGGCCUCAUUAGGCGAUGUAGAGUAUGUUGAUCUUAGUAGCAACAAGUUUGUUGGAUCACUUGACCUGCAAGUAGGAAAUUCGAUGUUUGUCUCGUCGAUUCAGUAUUUGAAUAUUAGUCAUAAUAUUCUUGCUGGAGAGCUGUUUCCUCACGAUGGAAUGCCGUAUUUUGAUAGCUUAGAGGUGUUUGAUGCAAGCAACAAUCAACUUACUGGUACUAUUCCGUCCUUCAAUUUUGUAGUCUCCCUUCGAAUUCUUAGGCUCGGGAACAAUCAGUUGUCUGGAUCACUACCCGAAGCUCUUCUAGAGGGAAGCUCAAUGAUUUUAUCGGAAUUGGACCUAAGCCAGAAUAAGCUUGCAGGUCCCAUAGCAAGUAUAAGCGUUGGGAAUCUCAAGCUUCUAAAUCUAUCCUACAACCAGCUGUCAGGUCCCUUGCCUGUCAAGGUCGGGCAUUGUGCCAUCAUAGACCUGAGCAACAAUCGGCUAACUGGAAAUGUGUCCCGAAUCCAAAGUUGGGGAAAUUAUGUUGAAGUUGUUGUGUUAAGCUCAAAUGCAUUGACAGGAACCUUUCCCAACCAAACUUCCCAGUUCUUGAGGCUUACUUCGUUAAAGAUUUCAAACAACUCACUUGAAGGUGUGUUACCAAAUAUUUUAGGUACAUACCUCGAACUUAAAACGAUUGAUCUUAGCAUUAACCAACUUAGUGGUACUCUCCUUCCCACCCUUUUCAACUCUACCAAAUUGACUGAUAUUAACGUUUCUUUCAACAAAUUUACUGGUAGUAUACCUAUUAUGGCGUCCAACUCAGAGAAUCCAAGCUUGAUUUCUCUAGAUGUUUCACAUAAUACAUUAUCUGGUGUUUUGCCUCCGGGGCUGGACAAGUUCCCGGACUUGGUAAAUCUGGAUCUCUCUGAUAAUGAAUUUGAAGGUGGCCUUCCUAACGAUCUCUCAGACAAAUUGGAAAUUUUCGAUGUGUCUAAUAACAAUCUUUCUGGACUUGUUCCAAAAAGUUUAUGGAAGUUUCCUGAGUCCUCGUUCCAUCCGGGGAAUCCCUUGCUUGUACUGCCAAAGCACGUUGAAGCUCCAUCAGAGGGAGAUUCAACUUCAAACUUGAAAAGUCAUGGCUUUCGCAUGAAAUCUACCAUUAGGGCGGCCCUUAUUGCUGGUCUGGUGUGUAGUGUAUCUGUUAUAGCUUUGUUGACGUUAAUAAUCUACCGCAAGGCCCAUCAACGAGACCUUGAGAAGGACGAUAUGAAAGGAACCAAGGAAAAGGAAGGUUUGUCUUUAUCUGAUAUAGAAUGUGGAAACGACACUAGAGAUCCCGGCAUGCCAGCAUCAACCGUUCAAAAUGAGCCGUUAUCUUCUCCUAUAUCUGUCAUGUCAUCUGCCAAUCUAUCACCUUCUAAGGUUCAAGAUCAAUCCAAAAGCCCAAGCUCUCUCAAGGUUUCUUCUCCUGAUAAACUGGCUGGAGAUUUGCAUCUAUUAGAUAACUCCUUGAAGUUCACUGCUGAAGAAUUAUCGUGCGCUCCCGCAGAAGCUGUGGGCAGAAGUUUCCACGGAACGUUGUAUAAAGCUAUGCUCGGUUCAGGCCAAGUACUUGCUGUCAAAUGGCUUAAGGAAGGGAUAGUGAAAGGCAAGAAGGAAUUUGCCAGAGAAGCUAAGAAAUUAGGGAGUAUUAGGCAUCCAAACUUAGUUUCUCUUCAGGGUUACUACUGGGGUCCCAAGGACCAUGAGAGGCUUCUCUUAUCGAAUUACACUGAUGCACCAUGUUUAGGUCUUUAUCUUCUUCAUAAAGAUGCAGAACCCUGUAAGCUACAUCCUUUGUUUCUCGAUGAGCGACUCAAGAUUUCUGUAGACAUUGCUCAUUGUCUAAACUACCUUCACCAUGAAAGUGCCAUACCUCAUGGCAACUUGAAAUCUACAAAUGUACUAAUAGAAACGUCUAACGUGAAUGCCCUCCUUACUGACUAUAGCCUUCAUCGGUUAAUGACAUCAGCUGGAACAGCACAACAGGUACUAAAUGCCGGUGCACUCGGUUAUCGGCCUCCUGAAUUUGCAAGUACAAGUAAACCUUGCCCAUCAUUGAAAAGCGAUGUCUAUGCUUUCGGUGUUAUCUUAUUGGAACUUUUGACCGGAAGAAGUUCUGCAGAAAUUGUACCUGGGAAUUCAGAAGUGCUGGAUUUAACCGAAUGGGCAAGAUUGUUGGCCAUCCAAGACCGUUCAGUCGAGUGCUUCGAUCCGUUUUUAUUGGGAAAACAAAGCAACGAAGGCGUACAUACGAUUCUCGAUAGCAUGCUUCAAGUUGCAUUAAGGUGUAUUUUGCCAGCUGAUGAAAGGCCUGAUAUGAAGAUGGUUUUCGAGCAACUUUGCUCGAUAGCGCAAUAACACAAGUUGGAGAGGUAAUGUAGUUGUAGAUUUGUAUCUUAAAGAAGUAGAUAGUUUCAUUCAUGUUCCAUUUUAAUUGUUUAGACCAAAAUUCAUUUGUGAAUUAGCACAUUGAAGUGAUGAAUGUAGUUUUUGUAUUCUCCACAUUUUUACAAGAAAUAAAAGUUGCUUGUAUGUCAUUCUUAUGAACCUCUUGUAACUUAGUGGAAGCAAGAAUCACAUGCAUCUUCUGUUGAUAA